AUGGAUGUUUUUAAACGUAAUCAAUUUAAAUUUCGAUCUUUACCUCGUUGUUUAACAUCUGCUAUUCGAUCAAUAUCAUUUGAACGUCUUGAUAGUCAUCAUUAUUUUUCAAAUACACCAUCUUUACCUAGAAGACGAAAUGGAAUAUCUGCAGAUUCAUAUAAUGAAAUUAGAAAAUUAAUUUUACAUGCACCAUUACCAACAACUAUUCUUCAACAAUCACCAACAAAAGAAUUUUCAUUAAAUGGCAUUGAUUUACCUUUAGCUGCUUCGUCAUAUUAUAUUCUCACAUUAAUAAAUGAAUGUUCAACACUUGUUUUAUUUAAUAAAGAUUAUGAACUAUGUCGAAUUGAUAUAAGUGAUGCAUUAGUUCUUGUUCAUGAUCUUUGUUGGUCAUCAAAAUUAAAUAUGUUUCUUAUGGCUGGAUAUUCUCUUUAUACAUUUAAUCCUCGAUCAUGUAUAUUAUCGACUAUUGACAAAAUAGAAUUAGCUCGUGGUGAAUGGAUUGUAUCGAUAACAAGUGAUAGUAAUUCAAUUUAUCUUCUUUAUUCAUCACGUUCAGUUCGUAUAGAAUGUCGUUCACUUUUUCUACCACAUCAGCUUGAAAAACAAUGGUUACAAAAAGAUUUUCUUCAACAAAAAGAUUUUCUUGCACAAUGUAUACGUAUUAAUGAAUGGAAUAUUCUUGCUAUGACAAUAAAACAAAGAAAUGGUGAAUGGAGAGUUGAUUUAUUUAAUUCAACUAAUCUUAAACGAAUACAUCGAAGUUGUGCAUUAGGCCAUGGUGUACCCGGAAUGAGAAAUUGUCUACUCAUAUCUUAUAAUCGUUUAUGGAUUGUUAUUAAUAAUUGUUCAAUACCUAAACAAAUUAUUUUACUUGAUGAAAAUGGUCGAAUUAAAGCAAAAACACAUAUUGAUAAACCACAUGGAUUUUGUAAUCUUUGUUUAAUCGGUAAUGAAUGGAUUGGAAUGAAUUUAAAAGAUAAAUUACGACUUUAUAAGAUUCAAUAA